AUGUCUCCAUAUCUCUUUGUUCUGGCCAUGGAAUACUUGCAAAGAGAGUUCAUCCAACUGGUGAAGAUUAAAGAGUUUAAAUUCCACCCUAGGUGCAAGAAACUGGGAGUGGUACAUGUAUGCUUUGCGGAUGACUUGUUAAUAUUUUGCAAGGCUGAUAUCCAAUCUGUAAGGCUACUAAAACAGGCUUUCCAUAAGUUUGCUAUGGUAUCUGGUCUUCAAGCAAAUGCUGAAAAGAGUUCUAUCUACAUAGUUGGGGUUUCAGAUUGCCAAAAGGAGGAAAUUAUACAAGAGUUGGGGUUUUCUGAAGGAAGUCUGCCUUUUAAGUACCUUGGGGUUCCAUUAGAUUCCAAAAAGUUAUCCAUUGCUCGGUGCUGGCCAUUAGUAGAGAAGGUAACACAGAAGAUAAACUACUGGACAUCCAGGUUCAACAACUGUUUCAAGGAGGGCUUUAAUUUCUUGGGAGAAUAUUUGUCUACCACAAAGUGCAGGGGACUAAAUGUUAUGAACAUGAUCUACUGGAACAAGGCUGCUAUUGCAAAGCAUCUGUGGGGAUUAGCGACGAGGAGGUCAAGGGGAUUAUUGGGUGUGAUUUUAAGGUUAAGUGGACAAGCUAGGGUUUGGGACGGGGUCUUUGAUCGAAGAUUCGAGAAGUUGGGAUAUGACUCGAGGACAACGGAGUGGGGAUUCAGGUUGAGGGUGGUUAGAAGGUUCAUGGGUGUUAAUUUCAUGGCCAUCGGAGCCGGCGCCGCCACCGGAAGGCUGUGGUGA